AAUUAUAUAGGCCUGUCUGUAUUGGGUGACGAACACACGAGAAGGCUACUGGGCUGAUAUAGGGACAAUCGAAAUUUUAUCAGAAGAUCGUGUGCAGGUUUAAGGAAGUGUUCAAGGCCCUCUAGACUUUUUCGUGACAUUCUUUCAAAUUGAUUAUCUUUCUGUUUGGUGUUGGGACCGCAGGCGGUUUUAUUCCGUAUUUUCCAUCAUUAUCUCGAAACUUCCCGAUACCACCGACUAUAAAUAGGAUACAAAGAUCUGACGCGAUAUUGUCCAAGCUGAUCUUUUAUUUGAUGCAUUCUGUUCUGAGUCGGUUAUUUGAGAAUCUUGCUGAGUGGAUGCAGGACUAAGGUUGGCACAUUGUUUCCUUAUACUGUAUAAAACGAACACGGGAACAUUCGGGAUUAAAAAUUGUGUCGAAGUCUUGAGUCAGAUAUUGUGAGUUGUCCGAUUCUAAAAAAAGAACCCUGACAUUUUUCAUUGGGUCAUUAAAUUUAUCAUUCUCGGAUGCCAAGAGUAACGAUGGAGUGUAUUCAUGCGGCAGUAUAGCGCCGCGGAAGACUUGAUGGACCUUCUGCAGGUCGCCACUUCUUUAUGAAAGAGAACUGACUGUUGAGGAAUUAUUAACAUAAAGGCGCAGAAAGGGAAGAUUUCAAGAUGGUCAUAAACGGCCAACAGAUCGCGUUUGUCAUCGUUCUCCUUGCAAUUGCGAUGACUACAACCACAGUACUGUCAGCUACAACUGUGUCAACAGCACCAGCAACAACAACAACAGCGGAGACUGUUAGCACAACCCACCCAAGUUCUCCAGUGACAACAGCAACAUCGGUGACGACGACAGCAUCCGCCACCACCUCUACGCCUGCUGCUACGGUACUUCUGGCAGUUGCGGGACUAGCAGUGUCUAAUACGAGCACAGCGGGACUUACUCUGACAUGGAUUAAACCAGUUGGUGAUGGUCAUGUCUACACUGUCUCAUAUAAGCGGGAGGACGGUCCAACAAAUAGUAACAGCACAGAGGCAGAGACUUUUGAGUUCUCCGGUCUACUGCCAGGUUAUAACUACACUUUCAAUGUCACAUAUGAGGUCAAAAAUGCAACUGAGGAGAGCCCAGCAGCAUGGAUAGCAUUUGUAUUAGCUCCGGAGGAACCGAAAAACAUUACGGUCUUGCAAUAUACGACUGCACUGACUUUGACCUGGGAGAAACCUGCUGGUAAGGUGGACAAAUAUGUAUUCAGCCUAAAUGGCACAAUCAAGGGGAAUACUACCACAGAGAAGUUAGAAGUCACCGGACUAUUGGCUGGGACCAUCUACAUGAUUGGCAUCAGCUCUGUUAGCAAUGGAAAGGAAAGUCAAGAGGAAGUCCUGCAUGCUGCUACGAGACCAGAGCAGCUCGUAAAAAUGUUAAAGGCAGAGGAAUCAACUUCAUCAAGCGUCUUGCUGACGGUCAUUUUAUAUAGGCUUAACCCGGACUAUAUGAUAUCCAUCCACUAUAAAAUCGAAUAUGGUACUGAACAUACUUAUAGUAUCCAGCGUUUCCCCAUGCCGGCCAGCGGAGAUGCUAAUGUCAAUGUCACUAACCUCUCCCCUGGGACAAAAUAUUCGUUCACUGGAUAUACGGAAUUACAUGCAGUCGAGUCGGAACUUUCAACUGGUAGUUCAGCUUUCGAUAGUUUUUAUACCCGUAACAGCUCCUCCGAGGAGAAAACUACCGUCAAUAUUUUCGUGAGGAAAGCUACCAAGUUUGGGUACGCUGCUCCUCAGAACCUUACAGUCAAUGAAAUGACGCGAGGCACGACUCAAGUUGGAAUAACCUGGGAUCCAUUCGGUGACUUUACGGAAUUCGUCUUGCAUUGCAACGACACUGCGGAGGUAGCAGUGAAAACGACCAGUGGAGAAUGCAACAACCUCACCCCUGGAUCUAUUUUCACAGCCUAUGUUGUUACCAAGGCUAAUAAAGAUAUUUUUCAAUCUGAACCAUCUGAGAUACUGACUAGUAUUACAGUUCCUCUACAACCAAAGACAUUCACCGCUUCUGCCUCGACCUCGACCACCAUCCAUCUCGCUUGGACAAAAGACGAAGGCAAUUUGAGGAACUGGAUGUUAAAAAUGGAUCCUGCUGAAGGUUCAACAGAAUUCUCAUUAUCUCUGGAGAACACCCAAACAACACAUUAUAUUGAUGGCCUGACACCAGGAAGAUUGUUCAACUUUAGCAUGUUCGCCCAAAGCAAGGACCCAGUGACUAAUGAGACAUUUGAUAGUUCGGUCACUUUUGUUGACGAAAGGACAUAUCCAGAAGUACCCGAGAACAUAACGAUUCUCGGUACAAGUGAAAGCUCACUGGAUGUAGCCUGGGAUGCACCAAAUGGUGAUGUGAGCUUCUAUAAUGUGACAGUUUGCCCCGCUGAUAGUAGUUCACCUUGCAAACCUGCCGUGAACACCACGGGCACAUCAUUCAACCUUACGAACCUGGAGCCUGCUGGACUGAAGUGGACUGUCAAAGUAACAGCUGUGAGUGGUAAAAAGGAAAGCCAGUCAAGCCUUGACCAAGAUACGUUUACCUAUCCCCUACAGCUACUCUCCCUAAUCAUUGACGACGUGAUGACCACAAAUGUCACACUGACGUGGAAACACGAUUCUGGCGACAAGGCAGAAACGCUCCUUCUUCGCUGGGAACCACAGACCAGUACCGGGCCAAUGAAUUUCCCUAGUACCAGUGCUUCCCAAGUCAUUACUGGCCUUACCCCGGGACAGGGAUACGUGUUCUUCAUGAAAGCAAUGUCUGGCCAGUGGAACAGCACAGAGAUCAACAAUGCCACGACGAUGGUGCCUGUCAGCCCAUCAAAUCUGAUGGCAACCAUAACAAAGCCCCACCAGUUGGCAGUAUCUUGGAACGUCACCGAAGGCCUUUACGACUCCUUCAUGGCUUCAAUCAACCCAGGACCAAGUAAUGGCUCAGCAACCAUUGACACCAAUACCACAGACGCUGAGUUCAUAAACCUGGUUCCCGGAACAGAAUAUACUGUCACCGUCUUCACCAAAGCUGGUGACAGGGAAAGCGAAACUGUCUGGCAGUCUUUUAAUACUAGUGAAACAGAACCAGGUCCGCCUCGCAAUCUUACUCUUGUUGAACCAGCAAACAGUCGCUUCUUCACUGUGAGGUGGGAAGACCCUUUGAAGAAAAAUGGUUGGAUUGAGCUCUACGUGAUUUCUGUUGCACUGCCCUCCGGUGUUCUGUUCAGUCUAAAUACUUCUAAGAAUGAGACGACAGAGAGGAAGAAGACGAUCAUUGGGUUAACGCCGGCGACGGAGUACACUGUAUAUGUUAAAGCUGUCAACGGUGCUGGUGCGGGACAGACGUCAGAGAAUAUUAGUGUCACGACAGGCGAGGAAGCCUCUGGUGUAGUAUCCAACCUUACCGUGACUAAAGACACGGCCUUCUCUAUGAUGAUUUCCUGGGGUCACCCACUCGUUCCACACGGCAACAUUCUACAUUACGUUCUUGAAGUCAGGUUAUCGACAGGGGAAGCCAAGUGCCAGCAGGUCGUCCUCUUUAACUGCUCUGACUGUCCCGCGAUGAACGAAACAGAUGCUGUCUUGGGAAAGGUGAUUACACCCUGCUACCCACGAGACAACGAUGUCCGUGUUGAUGGAGUCGGAUAUCAAGACGAGGCAUCUGUAACUUAUAACGUGGCGUCUCUCUCGCCCUUCACUGAGUACAUAUUUACGGUGUACCCCGUCAGUCGACCUGGGCUGGGCAACCUGACGUCUGUAACAGAGACAACUGAAGAAUAUUAUCCUGGCAUGGUUGGUAGCAUCAAUGUCACUGACAUUACAAGUACAACGUUCGUCGUGUCCUGGGCAGCCCCAGAAGAACCCAAUGGAAACAUUAUGAACUACAAUAUAUCCACGGAGGAUAUUUCCACUGGCGACACUGAAUUCUUUUCUACGGAUUCCACACAGACGUUGAUAGACAACCGUAAGAUGUUUAGUGACUAUAAUGUCAAGGUCCGGGCUAACACGAAAAUUGGUCCGGGGAACUGGAGUGAGGAGCAACUUGUCAGAACAGAAGAGGGUGCACCGGCUGAGGUACAGAAUCUCACUGCUGAAGCCAGGAGCUCAUCUUCGCUGGCAUUGUCGUGGGAACAGCCUGCUGAAUUGAAUGGUAUCCUGAGAAAUUACGUCAUUAACUACACAUACAAAGCUGACUUUGAGGACAUCACAAACUCGACGGAAGUUUCCAAUGCAACUACCAACUACAUCCUUGACGGCCUGACGAAGUGGACAUUUUAUAAUGUUGCCAUUGCUGCUGUCACGGUGAAGGCAGGGCCAUCUAGAUCCCUUGUGGUGAGGACUGACGAGGACGUGCCGGAUGGACCUCCAAAAAUGGUAGAAGCAGGCGACGUGACUUCCACGUCAAUCAAGUUGUCAUGGCAGCCGCCGGAAACACCUAACGGAUUCAUCACAAAGUACACAGUUGAAUACAAAGAUGUUGAUGCACAACCCAAACGAUCCAAAGAAACUACUGAUAAUUCAACCAGCCUUGUCAUAGAUGGUUUGCAGAGUCACAAAUUGUAUGCCUUUUCCGUUUGCGCUAAUACGAGCAAAGGCCAAGGUCCUUGCAGUGAUGAAGAGGAAUGGCGAACGGAUCAAGACAAACCCUCACCACCACAGGACGUACUGGUCGUAGAUACAAACUCGACCUACUUCAUAAUCAGAUGGGAAUCCCCAGCCACACCUAAUGGUAUUAUCCUAGAGUAUGAGGUUAUUGCCACAAUGCUAGCUGAUAGUACCGAGACGAAAAACACGACCAACCAGACAGAACUAUUGAUCGUUGAUCUCACGCCCUAUAACAACUACAGUAUCAAAGUCAGAGCCAAAACAAUCAAGGGCUUCGGAAACUGGAGUGAUGUCAUCUAUAAAGUAACAUUAGAAGAUCUCCCCGAUGAACCUCAAACGCUGACAGCAGCUGAAGUCCAGCCUUACGCACUGGUCCUAAAAUGGGAUGCACCUUUGAGGCCGAAUGGUAUCAUCAUUAAGUACACCAUCAAAUAUGGAAUGAAAAAUGGUAACAUCUCCACGGCCAACGUGAACGGUACAGUUACCAGUAUAAGGAUCGGAUCACUUUUGGCAUGCCGUUCUUACGACUUUAAAGUUGCAGCACACACGAAAGUUGGACCUGGAAAUUUCUCGGUCCUCAAAGUUAGCACUUCAAAUAACACACCGAGCAAACCGUAUAACCUUGACCUCAAGCCACUAACAUCCACCUCCCUGCGAUUGAUAUGGACGAAACCUAACGAAACAUGCGAGGCUAAGUACACAAUAAAGGUUCGUGAGGACAAUCCAGUUGGAGAGGACAAGUUGUUGGAAACACGACCAGAAUUUAAUAUCGUGGAUAACGGCGCACCUCCAAGGACUUCUUCAGUUGACAUAACCGAUCUCCGCAUAUACACAUUGUACUACAUUGAAAUCGAAGUGGUGAUUGGCAGUAAAAGAAACGUUUCAGACAAGACGGAGAAGAUUAGAACAAAAGAGUUUUUUGCUGGGCCAGUUACUGACUUCAAGACAAGGGUGUGCGACGACUGCUAUACAAGUGUCCAGGCAGAAUGGAAACCUCCGUCGAGAGAGAAUGGCAAGAUAACCUUUUACAUAAUCACAUGGAAACUUGAGGGUUUUGACAAAGAAUAUGACAAGUCUCUCCCAGCAGAAAGUGUUUCCGUCAACAUCACAGAAAACAUUUGGUCUGAGACAAAAUAUUUAUUCACGAUUCAAGCUCAAAAUGGUGCUGGCCUUGGUAAUAAGUCCUUUUCAAACGUCGAGAUCGGAUCCGGGCCUGCCGUACCAGUCUUCACCGAUCCUGCCAUGAUGACGCGGACCAUCGCGAAAGAUACGACAGAUGUGGAGGUAGAUAAAUGGCAGCAGUUCGCGAUCAACCUUGAAGAACAACUCUUUGAUAUGAAGAAUGGAGAAGUCACGAAAAUAGGCGUGUUUGUGGCCGAGUCAAAGAAUGGAAACAAGAUACCUAAGGUAUUGAAAAUACCCGAUUAUCAAUUUCCUACAUGGCAUGACACCCUUGGUGCCGACGGCAACCCGAAGGCAACAUACUACAUGAUAAAACCAUGGGAACAGCCUCCGAGCUCAUGGAAAAAAGUAACCCCGUCCAGGAGACGCCGUGCAAUCGCUCCGAACAUCGUGAUCAUAGGUGAAAACACUGCGGGUUGUUCAGGCAGUAACGGUGAACAGCAAUACUGCAAUGCCCCACUUCAGCCAGAUACCGAGUACUGUGUUGCGGUUGGUGCUUAUACAAAAUGGGGAUUUCACAGAACGCCGUGUGCCGAGUUCAGAACCGGAGCUGCGCCUUUCCCACUAACUGCAGUUGUAGCUGGCGUCACCUGUGCUCUCCUUAUCAUCAUUAUGAUUAUCAUCAUAGUGUUCAUCGUAAAACGCAAAAGGCGAAAACGAGGAGACCGUGAGACAAGUGAUGGUGUAAUGAUUGAAUUGGGCACCAAAACACCGCUGAAUGGAGAAGAUAAUGAUGCUUUUAUUAUCACUGAUGAAUCCGGUGAUGAGGUCACUGUCGAAAAGCCUCCUCCUAUCAACGUGCGUUCCUUCCCCGCCAUUGAAAGUCAAAUGCACCACGACAAUGACAAGCUACUCAAAUGGCAAUUCAAACUUCUGGAGAAGGUCAGUCCAUAUCACACGAGCGAGAGAGCUGUCGAAACCGCGGCCGUCAAAGCAAAGAAUAGAUAUAUCAACAUACUACCAUUUGAUCACACAUUGGUGCGCCUGAAUAUGCCGGAGGGUGAAUCUAGACCAGAAGCAGGUUACACCAAUGCUAAUUAUAUCCCAGGCAAUAACCACAGAAAAGAGUAUAUGGCGUGCCAAGGUCCCUUGAAUCGGACAAUAGAUGACUUCUGGCAAAUGGUCUGGGAGCAGAAUAUCUCAACGAUCAUCAUGUUGACCAAAUGUGUAGAGUCGGGGAAGGAAAAAUGUGCUCGGUACUGGCCUUCAGACCAGCAUCCAGUAAUCAGAGGUGACCUUCAGGUUCAGUUACAGUCCGAGUCCUUUAUGGAAGACUAUGCUAUCAGAAUUUUGGAAUUAUCAGACUUACAGUCAGAGAAAACGCGCAAGGUCAUGCAGUUCCACUUCUUAAGCUGGCCAGAUUGGGACAAGCCGGACUCGGCUUACUACCUACUCAAUUUCGUCGAUGUGGUCAAAAAUCAUCGGCGAACGAGUGACACUGGUCCAAAGCUGGUGCACUGCAGUGCUGGGAUUGGAAGGACCGGAACAUACAUUACAGUGGAACGCUUACUGGAGCAGAUAACCAGACAGCCAAAGAUAAGCAUCUUUGACACUAUUUUGGACUUGAGGGAAAGUCGGAAAGGAAUGGUGCAAGGGGUGAAACAGUAUACGUAUAUCCACGAAUGCCUCAAAGAUGCCAUAGAACAGAGACUAGCCCGAAAGCAGAUUCACAAAUCAUCACCUACAAUUGCCUCGCAGAACGGGAACAUGCAGUGCUGAUGUCUCCAGGUCGGAACAUUGCUUGAUAAGACAGACACCAGUGAAUGACUACUUAGUAGCCUAUUUUUUGAGCAUAUCGCCCACGAUAAACAAUGUAUUGUGGCUAUAUAGGCGACAAAUGGCAGUUUUCAAAAGCACAUUGCUACAUUUUCUCUCCACAGUUAUCCUGGUUAUCGGUUCCGAGAUUCUAGCUCGGCCUAUUUGAAAAACAUGACGUUUUCGGGCUGAUUUGAUGACCGACCUAUUUAUCAACUUGGUCGAUGAAUCGAAAAUAUCAGAAAUGAUAUUUAAGCAUAAUUAGAAUAAGCCCGUCCUCUCUGCAGAGACCCGGAUAGUGAUCUCAGUCAUGUCUGAUCAAACGUCAUCUUAACUUCCUAGUACAAACUUCCUAGUUUACCAUAUCAAUGCUGAUUAAAAUGUAUAUAUCUUUUUUUGAUGGUGCUUAUUACUCGAGAUAUGGACAACACUACUAUUUAUUGACAAGUUACUCAAGAUAUGGACAACAUUACUAUUUAUUGGCAGAGACCUGGAUGUAUAGCUCCUUGGCAGAGAUGCUGGAACAUCAACUUGGCCCUGUCCAUGGGUUCUUAAGGCCACUGUGUCACAUGUAACAUAUUCAUGUAGCGAGUGCUUGAUUUAAGUAUUUAUCAUUCAAGUGAAGGAUACGUGUUCAUUUAUGUCAUGUAUCUAUAAGUAAAUGUAUAUAAGUGUGCAUGUGUAGCCAAUGUAAAAAUUAACCCAAGAAUACAGCAAUUUAACACUAUCUUAACAAAUAAGGUCAAUAAAAGCUUUCACCAAAUUGAA